AACGGUGUCUGGCUAAUGUCACUGCUAACGCGAAAUAUAUUCAAUAAAAUGCACCCAGCAUGCUUUUAGAUAAUUGUUAGAGUGUGAUGAACAAGUUAAAGUAAAAGCAUUUAGCCCAGGUUAGAUGCCACAUUUGACUGCCGUCUGGUCUCUGCUAAAUUAGCUAGCUAACGAAAACCAAAGAUGUCUUUUCAAGAGUCCCCUCGUCCUUCUGAUGAAGAGGAGGCUUUCUACAUGCAAUGCAGAGCCGCGUACCUAGCUGUGUUUACUUCUAGUUUGACAAAUAUCUCUUCGAAACAGCAGCUGUGUCGUGCUCUGCAGCAGGCUGGCAGAAAUCCAACCUGUGCAACUCUCAAUAAAUACUGGACCCCGAGGACAUCCAAACUGAACUUUGAUGAUUUCUGUGAGAUUCUCAAGAGUGAGGAAAAAACUGAGGAGUCAGAACUGAUGAGAGCCUUCAAAAAGAUGGAUGUAAACGGUGAUGGCUACAUCUCACACAGUGAACUUGAGAGGGCUCUGACCACUAGAGGAGAGAAAAUGACUACUGAAGAGGUGAAUGCAAUUUUCUCAUUAGCCGACAUCAACAAAGAUGGAAAACUGGACUAUGCAGAGUUCUGCAGAUUGCUUGUGUCUACAGUGGAGCAGUGUCAGACGGCUGCUUUGGAGAGGCUCGAGGCUAACGCCAAGCUGAAGAGACAGAACUUUGGCAGUCAGUCAUACAGCCCUCCGAAAAACUCAGUGUCAUCAGCAUCAUCAGCACCAGCACCACAAGCAGCAGCAACUCUCCCUCAGCCUCCAGAAACGCCACAGGCAGAAUCAGACACGACACUAAAGAAAGACAGCAGAUCAUCCUCCCGUCCUUCCUCGGCUCGCAGCAGACGGUCGUCCCUGUCGAACUCAAUCACUAUGACAUCCAGCAGCACUAAAGCCAGCAAAAUACCAGAGCCCUCAGGCUUACAGGAGUGGCUUCACAGCUACAUGAAGGGCUGUUUCUUCUUGGAGGAUGAUGGGAGUAUCGGCUCUCUGCAGUACCAGCUCCACAUCCCCCAGACAACCAACGUCUACCUAACCAUCCAACCACUCAGCCUUAGUCGCGGACCAGACAAGCCGUCUUCAUGGAUGACCGUUGACACAGCUCUUUUUGUCCUGUCAGCUGGUGAAACCAAAGAGGACUCAACUUUAGUGUGUUUCACUGAGUCAAAAGACAAAGAAAAAUAUGUUUGGAAAGGAGAAUUGCAUGCUGGGAAUUACUACCUGCUGCCCUUCACUAGUGGCUGCAAACUAAAGAAAAGGAGCAAAAAGAGCCUUUCAAAUAAACCUGUAGAGCUCGUCUAUAGGACUGACACUGGAGAACUAGACCUCACCAGGGAGCUCAGGGAGGUGCUGUCUGGCAUCUUUGAGGUGAUAGACCUGGAUGGGAACGGUUUGCUUAGUCUGGAGGAGUACAACUUCUUUGAGCUGAGGACCAGCGGGGAGAAAUGUGACAAGGAUGCCUGGGCUGUCUGCAAAGAAAACUUUGAUAUGAGAAAGAACCAGCUGACACAGCAGGGCUUCAUGGAGCUGAACCUGAUGGAGGCCACAGAGAAAGAUGGAGACCCUGCAGACCUUUGGGUCACCCUGGAAGCUAUGGGCUACAAUAAAGGGCUGGAGUUAGUAGAGGCUUGUCCAUUCCAGAUAGAUGUACACUGUGAAGGCACUCAGCCAUCCAUCCAGCCACUCAGUUUGGACUCAGGGCCCAAGCUUCUGAACCAGGCAAUCCAGAAGUCCAUUACAGCCAGGACAGGGGCCAAAGCACUGAGGGGACAAGACAACGUCUUCAUCUACACCUGCCGAGGAGAACACAGGAUCUCUUCCCUCAUAGCCAACAAGACCAACCAGAAAGUGACUGUCCAUGUCAACAAUGAGCAGAGCAGGAACUGCUGCAGCAGUAGAGGCAUGAGUGUGUUUGCCGUCGAGGUGCCGGCCAGGACUAAGAUGGUGUGCCAACAUGUCCUACCCAUCAAUGAGAGACAGGACUGGACCUACAACUGUGUGGAGACCAUACUACCCUGCACGUAAAGCUGCACUCCCAUCUCUCAUGCUAGUGACUCAGAGACGUGAUGAGCAAAGAUGAUUUACAAAUUAACAAGGUCCAAAAGUAAUCCUUUUCACUUCUAGAGGGCCAAUUUUAAGCUAACCUGUGAGUUUCAUAAUACCCAAUAUGUCAGUCAGGGGCUGAGAUCCUCUGGUUGCUUGUGGCCAGAAGCUUGAGAAGGCUGGUUCAGAAACUCAGUGACUGGAUGAGUCAGAGGUGUUUACUAGUGAUGGCAGCAAGAGGUGAUCACAUUUUUUGUUGUCUUUUUAUAUAUGAUAGAAUUUCCUUUAACAAUAAUUCAUAUUUUACAUAUACACAAUGCUUAGAUAAAGGGUUAAAUUGCCAAGAUGACACUACAUAUUUCAUAAUUCAUCCUUUAAAUGAAAGCUGUGGUCUUGGUGAAGUGACAGUAGAUUUAAUUCAAUUUUCAAAAAAGAAAAAAACUCCAACGAAGUCUGUUAUUGUGUUUGUUACUUUAUGUAACAUCAACAUAGAUUUUGUCAUAGUAAUUUAAAAUGUUUUGUAAUGGAGUGUUAUUUGCCAUAUUUUAAUAGUCUUUGUAUUUCAAGUCAGAUUUAAUCAUAAAGGCCAAAACAAAAUGCGGACAAAAAAACCUCUUGUGUUUUUAUAUUUUACUUUGAAAAGUACUAUAUCAUGUUCCCUGUGUAAUUACAUAUUAUUAUUACCACAGAUUUUGUUAUCUCUUUGAUUUGCAUUUUUGAGUGCCACCCUUCAUUCCACCCACAUUAACAUCUUGUUUCAACAGGAAAUACAUGAAACAAAAGCAGAUGCAG